AUGUCUGAGCCGCUCGCCGUCGUGACUCCCAAGGAAACUCCUCGUGCUCCGUACGCCAUCCAGCUGGACGAUACGCUAGUUCCCGAGGUGGUUGUACCCUGUACGCCCGAGGGCGACGGCCCCAGUGCCUACAAGCGCAUCGACGACGACAUCGUGCUCGGCAUCGCGACUGGAUACUGGAGCACGAACCUCUUCGACAGCUUCGACGACCUUGUGCCGAACGCGUUCAUGGCGACGUUGUGUCCGUGCGUGUCGCUCGCCCAGAUUUCCAGCCGACUGGGCAUGGUGCCGUUCAACACGGCGCUGCUGUUCUUCGCGCUGCUGUGCUCCCUGGAACUGCUCGUAGUGGUGCUCACGAUCCAGCAGUUCGUCUCCGUGGCGAUCCUCGGACACAACGAGACGUUCCACUACUUCCACGCGCACCGCGUGGUCGAGCCCCGCCCAGCGAUCAACGGAAUGCUCGUGACGGUUGCAGUGCUGGCCCACGCGACGCUCGCCACUGCGCUGUGGGUACUGCGGAAGCGCAUCCGCAGCCAGUUCAUGAUCCCAGGCUCCAGCGCCAACGACUGCACGUCCGUCACCUGCUGCCCGUGCUUCGCGACGGCGCAGAUGGCCACGCACAUCAAGAGCUACAAGCCUGGAUCGUGCUCUUUUGCUCCCGUGGACACGCUGCCUCGCUACCAGUGA